AUUUCCCUUUCGACUUCUGGCACGGCAGAAUCCAGAUGUGUGUUCAUUAUUGUACGAGUUGCAAGUAGCUCGGCUCCGGUUGAAAAUUGUGAGCCCUGAGCCGAUCGCGCCAGGAAAGCUGCUUGUACCCCUUGAAUAGCAGCCAAGGCCUCCACCAUGCGGAACCUCAGCAUCAUUGGCCGGGAGACGCUCGCUGCUGGCAACUCUCCGGGCCAGAGCUCAGCGUCAGCGCUGCCAGCGACGCAUGCAGACUGCGAGAUUCAAGCAAUCACCGUCUCCUCUACGACGGAUGAAGUCUAUGUCGCAGGGGUCGACCGCUCAUAUAACGGCAAGAGAACAGAUUCUGUCAAGAUCCACGUCUGGCACCAACUUCCGGCCGACUGCUAUGCCUCGAGCUCAAUGUCCGGGAGUUCAUCCCGCACACCAGCACCGUCAUUUGCACCAUGUAGUGUUGUGCUUUGUGCCAACCCUUGUCCAUUCAACCGGGAUGAACGCUCAGAAAAGACUUCGCUGCUCCCCACACGAAGCUCGUACCUGUACCCCCUAGGCGACGAAGAUGGCGCAGGCACCGUUCAAGGCACCGAGAUCGAGAUCAUUUCCUUGCAGUAUCUCAACGAUGGCGGUACGAUGUCUGAUCACGGGCCUGCACUAUGUCUCAUAACAGCUGGUGGAGACAUCCUUCUUGGACCUUUGCCCUCGCGCGAGGAGGCUGCGCUCGAGCGCGCGAGCGCUGGUGACGCGCAAGCCGAGCCAUCCAGAUCAAGUUUCGCCACCUUCGCCCCCAAGCUUCGAUUAGAAGUUGUCGGUAGCAUAGAGCAGGGAAUAUAUGCUGCGCAAUGGAGUCCUGAUGAGGAUUUCCUGGUCGUGGUCACUGCACCGACGCUCGAGCCUACUGAAGCCAAUGGUCAAGGAGUCAGGGAUGGAGAAGGGAACAGUUGGGAGGGAGAGAAGGUUCUCAUCAUGACGAAGGAAUUCGAGGUUCUCUCCGAAAAGGCGCUAGCGACGGACGAAUUUGGAGAGGAUAAACCUGUCGACGUAGGUUGGGGCUCAAAAGCCACACAAUUUCACGGUUCGGAAGGCAAGGAGGCUGCAGCAGCCGCGGCUGAAGCCGAAUCGGCUUCAUUGUCAGGGACGGGCGUAACGAAGCGUCCCACACGCGGCCCGCAUACGCUCGACGAUGAUGGUCGACCGCGGAUAAGCUGGAAAGGCGACGCAUCAUUCUUUGCCAUCUCAUCGCUGGAUCUUUCCCCCCCUGCUGCGGAUCAACGGAAUGGGAACGGUUGGGAACGCGAUCUGACCGCUUGGAACCGUGUCCUUCGAGUGUUCACACGCAGUGGCGCUCUGUCAAGCACCAGUGAUGCUGGCGUGCGAGGCAUCAGCCAAGCGCUAGCGUACAAGCCUCUUGGAAAUCUGAUCGCUACGACACAGCGCUUUGGCAGGUGCAAGCUGAAAACGGCGCAGGAUAGGGAGGUACAAUGGUCACACGGGCGAGAAGGCAGACACGAUGUCGUUUUUUUCGAGCGCAAUGGGCUGCGACACGGCGAAUUCACACUCCGUGAGGAAGGCUCAGCCCAGCCGAAAGGGUUGACAUUCCCCGUUGGAGAUGCACAGGAACAGGUACAAGCGGAAGUACGCGGAGUGCAAACCUGGAAGAGACAGCACUUCGUGCGCGAUCUGACGUGGAACGUCGAUGGAAGUGCGUUAGCCGUGGUGCUCGAGCGUGAAGAUGCAAAGGAAGGCACAGGAAGUCUUCCCGAUGCGCCCCAAGGCACUAGGCGCACAGUCGUGCAAAUCUGGACGAUGGGCAACUAUCACUACUACUUGAAGCAAGAGGUGGCUCUUUCGUCCGAUCCCCCUCUUAGUGGCAUGCCGAGCGCGGUCGUCCGCUGGCAUCCAGAAGAUGCUAUGCAGCUCUACCUUGCGGAGAAACAAAGUGUGACGCACCUCACGCUUACCCAUGAGACUUGCACUACGAUCAGUCUUGCUACUGGUGGCGACAUGCAUCAAGGCAACAAGCGCGGGCCGAUGCUUGAUGCCGCUUGCGUUGCUGUCGCCGAUGGCACCGCUACGCUGCUUACGCCAUUCCGACUGCAGAAUAUCCCACCACCCAUGUGCACCACAACGCUUGUUGCUUCAGCAGCAGGGCCAGUGUCGCGAACUCCUAUCCACUACGCCUGGGCUAGCGUUUCACCCUCUCAAUCGUCCGCCACGGCAACAGCAGGAGCCACCGAGACUGGAGGCAGAUCCCUGCAGCACAGUACCGAUGUUCUUGCGAUGCUGUAUGAGGACACGAGCGUCGAACUUGUGCUUUUUGACUGGGGUAUCCUGGGUAGGCGGGCGCCGGUUGGUGGGCGCCCCGUACCGAAACCUCUGCGGCUCGGAGCGAUUCGCUUCAAUGCCGCAAACGCUGAGGAAGAGCGCUCUAGACCAAUACAAGUGGCGCUGCUAGCUCAGUACUCCAGUGAGCAAAAGAAUGAUGUCGAGGUCUCAGUGGCAAGCGUAUCUCUAUUGAAGGACUCAAACCAGGCGUUAGUUCGGAUUUAUACGUGGCGCCGUGGCGUACGCAGCGGUACAGCAUCGGUGGCCACAUCAGAGCAUACUAUCUGCAGCGGAACGGCUGUCUCCCGCACUCGACUCAUUACGGCUCCAUCCUCAAGCCAUUCUGCCGCAAGUUUCAUAUUCGUCCAUGAGCGACGCGACGAUCGGCGCCUGGUGAUUCAGCAAGUCCCCGCUUUCAAAGGCGCUCAAGCAAUGGCCCUGCAAAAUUCUUUGCCCACUUUUUGCUCAGAUAUGAUCGCCUUGCCCUUGUCAUCUUCACCCACAAUUCUCGGAUUGGCGCCAAACGGUCGGCUCUAUGCGAAUCAAACACUGCUUGCCCAAGGCGUCAACUCGUACACUGUCGCAGGAAGCUUUCUGGUAUGGACGAACAAUUCGCACGAAGCACGUUUCUUGCCGUUGUCGGCGCUUGUCCCCAGCACGAACACGUCCACUGACCUUGACAUUGGCGAGGUGCACACCUUGCACCGAUCAGUCGAGCGCGGAAGCAGGAUCGUCACAGCCGUGCCGUCUGAAAUGGCGCUCGUUCUGCAAAUGCCACGGGGAAAUUUAGAGACGAUCAAUCCACGACCUCUGGUGCUUGAAGUCGUGCGACGCGACCUCAACAAAAAGCGCUAUCGCUCGGCCUUGCGUGUCUGCAGGACCCAUCGACUCGAUCUGAAUAUUCUGCACGAUCACUGUCCGCAGGAAUUCAUGGCUAACUUGCAACCCUUCAUCAGGCAGGUUGCUGAUGUCGACCACUUCAAUCUCUUCCUCACAAGCUUGAAGGAUGAAGACGUCACCAGCACACUUUACAAGGCGUACUCGUCAACUUCAAAGCCAGAUUCUGACAGCCAGGUUUCAGUCGAAGGCAAGACCAAUCGGAUUUGCGAGGCUCUGCGCAUCGAGUUGGAAUGCGUAGAUAGCUCAAAAUACCUACAGAGCAUCCUGACGUCAUACGCGCGACAAACUCCGCCGGAUUACGAAGGAGCUUUGUCCUUGCUCCUUGAGUUGAAAGACAAAGAUGCUGAAGCUGCGGCCGAAGCAGUUAAGUAUAUCGUGUUCUUAGCGGAUGCUGAGAAGUUAUACGACGUCGCGUUAGGGAUGUACGACUUCACGCUUGCGCUCAUGCUUGCCCAGCACGCAACUCGCAAAGAUCCACGCGAGUACCUUCCUUUCUUGCGCGAACUCCGUGGUGUAGAACCGGUGCAGCUGCAGCGCUUUCAGAUCGACGACCAUCUGGGCCGCCAUCAAAAGGCCUUCCGCUGGCUCUCGCAGGCUGGUGAAGCGCAUCAUCAGCACUCUUUUGAGUACAUGCAGAAACAUGAGCUCUUUGAGGAAGGGUUCGUUGCCUUUGGAAAAGAUCCACCUCGCAUGCGCAAGGCAUACGAGCUAUACGGUGACUGGAUGAUGGGGCGCUCGAAGCCAGCCGAUGCUGCUGUCGCAUUCGUUUUAGCUUCAGAACCUCGCAAAGCCACCGACGCAUACCAAAACGCAGGGCUUUGGCAGGAUGCGCUCGCGACGGCCGUCAGUCAUCGAUUCACUGCCCUCGAGGUUGCAGAGCUGGCGAGGACCAUUAUCGCAGACUUAGAGACGUCUAAUCAAUUUGCAGAUGCGGCCCAGGUCUCGCUUGGGCAUCUGCGAGACGUCGAAAGCGCGGUCAUGUUCUUCUGCAAAGCCAAUGAUAUUGCGCAGGCGAAGCGGAUCUGCGCGCUAUACGGUCGUCUCGACCUGGUGGAGACCACGAUCAAGCCGCAAACGCUCGAAGCACACACGACGCUGCUGGAGACCAUCACCGAGAUGCAGGAGCAGCUGACAAAGCAAUUCGCAAGGCUAUGCGAGCUCCUGAGCAAAGCUGAAGAGAGCAGCGAUGGCCUACUGCUGGAAGAGGACAAUCGCGGUCUCGACAACAUCGAGGUCAUGUCCGACACCUCGACGCAGAUCACCCACUUCACCCGCUACACGCAGGCUCUCACUUCGACGACGACGGCGUCUAGCAGUCAUCGAUCGAGGAACACGCAGUGGAAAGCAGCCAAGGACAAGCGAAAGAAGGAACAGAAGAAGAAGGAGUCUGGUAGGAAAGGUAGCGUGUACGAAGAGAACUACCUCUAUGAGUCCUUGCAGCGUCUUCUCAAGGAUCGGCUGAAGGAAACCCAAGAGGAUGUCGAACGACUCGCCCUCAGCAUCGUUGCGCUCUCUCCUGCACAUCGCAAUGCGGCGAUCGAGCUGCAGCAAGCUCUGCUCCGCUUCGAAGCCACAGCCGAGAAGGGUGUCGAGAUGGUGCAUGCCCAAGGUCUCGAACGCGAGCGACUCGUAUUUGUCAGGCUUGAGCAACAAGGCAACGAGGCUGCCAGGGCUGCGGCUGGUGCCGGCAGGUCGAACGGAAGCGCCGGAGGAGUAGACCCAAACAUGGCGCUGAUGAAGUCGUUCAUGGAGCUUGCGGCGCUGGCGCUGGAGGGAAAGGUCAGGGGUCGCCCUCGAUUGGUCAUCUCAGAAGCCAAAUGGCGAAGUUCGCUUCUAGGUGCUCUGGAUCCACGUGCGAAGUGAGCGCUCAACGGUAAUAGUAUUACAACAGAUAAACCCGAUGCCCUCUACAUGGCUUGUCUCUACAUAGUCAAGAUGAUGCACAAGAUGG